ACUUGCUGGCGGCGGAGUUGGGGGCGGUUUAGGGAAGGACCGGAAGUGCUGAGCACGGCGGCGGAAUGGUCGGUUGAAUCGCCGGGCCGGGUUUCGGGAGAGUCUGCGUGAGGACGCGGAUCGCGGGCUCCAGGAGCAGCUGAGAAAGCAGCGGCCGGAAGCUCCUCUGAGCACCUUGGGCCGCUGCCACACACACACCAUGUUCCUGGUUCGCCUGACUUCGCAGCUGCUCAGGGCUAUUCCCCGGGCAGGGUGCAGUCGGCCCUGGCCUGUCUCGAGGGUGCUGGGCAGCUAUGCCUGCCGGCCUCACUACAGCACACAGCCAACAGGCCCAAGUGGGUUUGUCUCCCUUCCUGGCAAGCGGGUUCACCUGGAACUUGAGGAGAUGCUGGUCCCCAGGAAGAUGUCUGUCAGCCCCUUGGAGAGCUGGCUGACCGUCCGAUAUCUCCUGCCCAGACUGGACCCUGGGACCCAACUCUAUGAAUGUCCAGCUAGUCACGUGGGCGAAGGGGCUGAGCAGGGGGUCAAGGAGGUGUGGGAGGCACCCCAGAUGCAGUGCAAAAACAUACUAAAGAUCCGCCGGCGGAAAAUGAAUCAUCACAAGUACCGCAAGCUAGUCAAGAGAACACGGUUCCUGCGGCGGAAGGUCAGGGAAGGACGCCUGAAACGGAAGCAGAUCAAGUUCGAGAGAGACCUGAGGCGCAUCUGGCUGAAGGCGGGCCUGAAGGAAGCCCCUACAGGCUGGCAGACCCCCAAGAUCUACCUGAAGGGCAAAUGAGUCUAGUGUCUCUCCCCCGCCCGUUGCUGCCAACUGUAAUAAAUUUUCUGAGAACUCGGCUGUC